CAACAACAUUUAAGCUCUUUCAAUUAUGGCUGAAGCAGUUAUUCAAACUAAAAAACGUAAGCGUUCUCACGCAGAAAAGAGAGCUAAUAAAAAGAAGCAAGAGAUAAAUCAAGGUGAAGGUAAGCCUGUAACAGAAGAAAAUGAUCUUCAAAUCGAAAAACCUGUUGAGGAGGAACAAAAAGAUCAUAAAGAGGAACCUUUGAAUCUUGAUUUCGAAAAGCUCGAAUGUGAUGAAAAUACAAAAAAGGCUAUCAAAGCAAUGGGCUUUACUCAAAUGACAGAAGUACAGGCAAAGACCAUUCCUCCACUUUUAGAAGGCCGUGAUGUUCUAGGAGCAGCUAAAACAGGUUCUGGAAAAACGCUUGCAUUUUUGAUUCCUGCUAUUGAAUUAUUGAUUCGAAAGAACUUUAAACCUAGAAAUGGUACUGGCGUUAUCAUUGUUUCUCCUACUCGUGAAUUAGCUAUUCAAAUUUAUGGAGUUGCUGAAGAAUUAUGUCAAUAUCAUUCAAUUACUCAUGGUCUUGUGAUUGGUGGUGCAAAUAAGAAGGCCGAAAUUGAAAAGUUAGUGAAGGGAGUCAAUUUGUUAGUUGCUACACCUGGUAGAUUAUUAGAUCAUUUACAGAAUACACAACGAUUUAUUUUCCAAAAUUUACAAUCAUUGGUUAUUGAUGAAGCAGAUCGUAUUUUGGACAUUGGUUUUGAAGAAGAAAUGAAACAAAUUGUAAAGAUUUUACCUAAAGAUCGUCAAAGUAUGCUUUUCUCGGCUACACAAACUACUAAAGUUUCCGACCUUGCACGUAUUUCACUUAAACCUGGACCUCUUUAUAUUAAUGUAGAUGAAAAGAAAGAUACCUCGACAGCAGACGGAUUAGAGCAAGGUUUUGUUAUUGUCGAAGCUGAUAAACGUUUCUUGUUAUUAUUUACAUUCUUACGUAAGAACCAAAAGAAGAAAGUCAUCGUCUUCUUUUCAAGUUGUAAUGCAGUUAAAUAUUAUGCUGAACUUUUGAAUUAUAUUGAUAUUCCUGUCAUGGAAUUACAUGGACGUCAAAAGCAACAAAAGCGUACUCAAACAUUUUUUGAAUUUUCUCAAGCAGAAAAGGGUAUUUUAUUAUGUACAGAUGUGGCUGCUCGAGGUUUAGAUAUUCCUUCUGUUGAUUGGAUUGUUCAAUUUGAUCCUCCAGAUGAUCCACGCGAUUAUAUUCAUCGUGUAGGAAGAACUGCUCGUGCAGGAGGUAAAGGUAAAAGCUUAUUAUUCUUAUUACCUUCUGAAACCGGAUUUUUGAAAUAUUUAAAGGAAGCUAAAGUUCCUUUAAAUGAAUUUCAAUUCCCUGAAAAUAAGAUUUCUAAUGUCCAAAGUCAGCUUGAAAAACUAAUUGACAAGAACUUUUAUCUUAAUCAAUCUGCUCGUGAUGCGUUUAGAUCUUAUUUACAAGCUUAUGCUACAUACCAUCUCAAAAAGAUUUUUGAUGUGGAUAAACUUGAUCUUGUAAAGGUUGCAAAAUCCUUUGGUUUUAAUGUUCCUCCAAAAGUUAAUUUAGCUAUUACCAGUUCUAAAUAAAUUAUAUUAUCGUGAAGGAAUUUUUUUUCCUAACUAAAUACCUUUUUUAACUUUAUAAAAUCAUAUCUGAAUAAUCAUAUAAAAGUCAGAGAUACGCAAAAAAAA